UUGUAAAGGUUAGCGUAGUGUUUUUCAGUUGGGAAUAGUUCACUGACUGUUCAGUUCGUAUUUGGAAACCAUAAGCACCAGAACUAGGCUGCAACCUUCUUCACUAAGUAGUUUGAAAAUCAUAUUGCUCACUGUUGAAGAACGGCCAAUUCAACUUGAAAGAUGGAAGUGUUCCUGGCAGUGUUUUCUGUGUUGUUGGCUACUGUCUCAGCGGUUUUCGACCCUUAUCACAAUGUUCAACCACCGAAUAUUUUCCUCAUGUCGGAGCCUGGUCCUGGUACUAUUGACUGGAGUGAAGAGGAUAAGUACAACCUUGCAAUUACUCCGUCACCGCAAGGAAAUUUAUACUUCAAAAAGGCGAACAAUAAGCUAUUCCUGGGAGGCAUCAGUCCAGAGGAGAACACCACGAAAUUUUGGCGUGACUUGAGCAUGGAUGUGGUACACAAAAAAGCGGCCGCAACACCUACAGAAAGGGUGGCUAAAAACCUUAUCCUGUUCCUGGGGGACGGAAUGUCACUGGCUAACCUCGCCGCUGCCAGGAUAUAUCUCGGACAGCUGAGGAACCAAGCGGGAGAGAACAGCUUUCUCAGUUUUGAGGAGUUUCCCUACACCGGAUUGGCCAAGACAUACUGCGUGGACUCACAAGUGGCGGAUUCUGCGUGCUCAGCCACCGCCUACCUCUCGGGUGUGAAGGGCAAUAUGUACACGCUGGGGGUCACGGCAGCGGUAGGUGUGAAGGACUGGGUUAACAUGAAGAACGAGUCCUUGCACACGACAUCCAUCCUCAAGUGGGCUCAGGACGCGGGCAAGAGCACCGGCAUCGUGUCCACCUCGAGGAUUACCGACGCAUCCCCUGCUGCCACGUAUGCCCAUUCCGCUUACAGGAAAUGGCAGACAGACCUGGAUAUUAAGAAUGAUGAAAAAGUUAAGGAUCCGACUGGCGUGAAGGAUAUAGCUUCUCAGUUGAUAGAAGAUAGUCCCGGCAAUGAGUUUAAGGUAAUUUUGGGUGGUGGUUGGGAUGCUUUUCUGCCUAACAAAACAGAAGAAACCCCCGUCAUGCAGGGUGCCAGAGGCGAUGAUAAGGACUUGAUCCAGAAGUGGAAAUCCUCCAAGAAGGAGGCAAAUAAGAAUGGGGUUUUCAUUACCAGAAGAGAUCAAUUGCAGAGUCUGGACGUAAACAACAUCGACUAUCUUCUUGGGCUAUUCCAAUCGGGUAACAUGAAAUACAAUAAGCAUGUUGAAGAAAACGAGCAACCGACCCUCUCGGAGAUGACGAAAUCAGCCAUCAAGAUGUUGCAAAAAGAUGCGGGUGGCUUUGUGCUGUUCGUAGAGGGAGGUUUGAUAGACAUCGCACACCACGAGAACAAGGCUCACUUGGCACUCGAUGAAACUGUCGAGCUUCAUAAAGCCGUCAAGGUGGCUCUCGAAAUGACCCAUGAUAACGAAACGCUCAUUGUGGUGACGGCGGAUCACGCCCACACAUUGAACUUUAACGGUUACCCGAAAAGAGGUGGCGAUAUCUUAACGUAUGUUCAAGGCACCAAAGAUCUAAUCGCAUACUCCACCCUAUCCUACGCUAAUGGUCCUCAUACCCCACGCUUCAAUCCACAAGGCGAAGGACAAUACAAUAUAAUCAAUGAUAAGAGAGACAAACCGGAUUACACCUUCCAGACAAUCAAUCUCUUGCCUUCCGGAACCCAUGACGGACAGGACGUCACAGUGUUCGCAAACGGCCCCUGGGCCCAUCUUCUGGUUGGCAACUAUGAGCAAACCGUCAUCCCCUAUGUGAUGGGCUAUGCUGCUCAAAUUGGGCCGGCAGCCAAGGCCUUCAACCUGGGAUCUCAGUAGAAUUCUGAUCUCACUGAGUUCCUACUAUCCUGUCUUGAUUUUUUUUCUUUAUUGGUAAUGAAGAUGACUGAUGUAAAACAGUGCUUUUGCUUGCACAAAAUAUAACUUUUUCCAGAAUA